GAGCAUAAAAUACUCAUGACCUAUUCGGCACUGCCCACUGUUCGCUGUAGGACCAAGGAAAAAAGAUCAAGAGUUAUCAAUCCUGACUUCUUCACUUUAGUUCCAAUAGUUGGUAAAAUGUGUGAGAUCGAAGGAAGAGCAGGGAAAAUCAGUGAUGAGUUACGAGCAGAGUAUCGAGAGGCCUUCGACUCGAUUGAUGUGAAUAGAAAUGGUGUUAUCGAUAAGGACGAAAUAGGACAACUGCUGGAGGCUAUACAGGUUAAGAUACCUGGCUACAAGUUACGGUCUUUGAAAGACGAAUACGGCGAUACUGUAGACUUUGAGGAGUUUAUAGAGAUUGUGUUAACACACUCGGACACCCAUACUGGAUCUCAGUUCCUUGAUAUGCUUACAAAGAAGAAUGUAGAACACAUUGGUGGUAUAUCUGAAGGGUCUGCAGAAGGAACAACCCAUUCAUUCUCUGAAGCUGAAACAGCUGCAUUUGCUGACUGGAUUAACAGUCAGUUGGCUGAGGAUGCAGAACUGAAGGAUGGUGGCUACAUUCCCAUUGAUUCAUCAAAUAAUUACAAGGAAUUAUUUCAAAAAGUCAGAGAUGGAGUUCUGUUGUGCAAGAUGAUAAAUGCAACUGUUGCAAACACUAUUGAUGAGCGUGCUGUGAACAAGAAGAACCUGAAAGUGUUUACAAUCCAUGAGAAUCAGACACUGGUCAUUAACUCAGCAGCAUCUAUUGGAUGUCAUAUUACAAACAUUGGACCUGAAGACUUAGCUAAUGGCAAGGUGCAUUUGGUGCUUGGGCUCUUAUGGCAGGUCAUUAGGAUUGGUCUCUUCUCAAAAAUCACUUUACCAAAUGUUCCUGGUUUGCAAAGACUUCUUCUUGAAGGAGAAGAUAUCAGUGAUUUACAUAAACUGAGCCCAGAAGAACUGUUGUUGCGCUGGGUUAACUACCAACUGGAGGCUGCUGGAUGUGAAAGACGCAUUACCAAUUUUAGCGAGGAUAUCUCUGACUCUGUUGUGUACAGCUAUCUUCUCAGCCAAAUUGCACCACCCGGAUCAGGAGUGGAUAAGCCUAACACAUACAACUCUAUUAGAGAUCCACUAAAGAAAGCUGGCAAAGUGUUAGAUAAUGCUAACCGCCUUGGAUGCAGGAAGUUUGUUAGAGACAGGGACAUUGUUGAAGGCAACCAGAAACUAAACAUGGCAUUUGUGGCCAAUCUUUUCAACACCUAUCCUUGUCUACCUCCAAUGGAUGUUGAAGAAAGUAAAACACAAGUUGAAGAUGAGAACCUCUACAGAGAAGAAACUCGCGAAGAACAAACAUAUCGUAACUGGAUGAACAGUCUUGGAGUUGAUCCAUUUGUAACUUGGUUGUACACAGAUCUCUACGAUGGUCAAGUUUUAUUUCAGCUGUAUGAUUCCAUUAAAACUGGCAUGGUUGACUGGGAUCGUGUAUGUACAAGAGAAGAUUGCAAGAAAUUAGGUGGAAAUAUGAAAAAGAUUCAAAACUGUAACUAUUGUCUGGAACUUGGAAAGAGUUUGAACUUCACGCUUGUUGGAAUUGGUGGUCAAGACAUUAAUGCUGGAAAUGAAGUCUUGACUCUUGGACUUGUGUGGCAAAUGAUGAGAGCUUACACUUACUCCAUCCUGACAAAGCUUGCUCCUGAAGGCAGCCCACGACUCAAAGAUAACGACAUCAUAGAGUGGGUUCAGGAACAGCUUGCAAAGGGCAAGAAAUCAAGCACAAUCAAAAGCUUCAAGGACCCAAGUAUUUGCACCAGCCUUGCUGUGAUUGACCUUAUUGAUUGUAUUAGCAGCAAAGUUGUCAAUUAUAAUCUCGUGACUCCAGGAGAAACCGAUGAGGAAAAGUUAUUAAAUGCCAGGUAUGCCUUAAGUCUGGCAAGAAAGAUUGGUGCACAGAUCUAUGCCCUUCCUGAAGAUCUCGUGGAAGUGAAACCUAAGAUGGUUCUGACAGUAUUUGCUUGCCUUAUGGCCUGUGCAUACAAAAACACAAAACAAAAGGAAUCAAAAAAGAAACAAGUCAAAAAGUAAAACAUUUUGUCUAAUAGGGUUGACUAGAGCAUGGUUUAUAAGUAGGUAUUUCUUACAUUAAUAAUUGAAUUUGGAUCCUGUCAUACUUUACGAGGUCAAUCCUGAUUUGAUAAGCAUUUUUCUGUGUUGUGUGAUAUAAAGCAAAAUUUUUGCAAUUAGUAUGAAUAUGCCAUACCCAAGCUUUUGUUUCAGUUUAUGCAUUUACAAAUUGUUUAUACUAAGAAAAUAAGUAACUAAAAUAAGAUGAAAGUCGUUCGUGAACAGAUAUGGAUAUAUUCACAUUUCAAGACACUGUAUUAGUCAUUGUAACUGUAUAACCCUAGAAUAAUGCCAUACGAUCUGGUCAAUCAAUCACUUAUUGGGUGUAGUAAUUAGGUUUAUAUAUGACAAGCAAUACUUUAUGAACUGUUAGAUACAAGCAGAUAUUUUCAAGGUUUUCUGUAAUUAACAAGAAUGUUAUUGAUAAACACAAAUAUAAUUUGAUAAAUAGGAAUCAAAGUAAAUAAAGCUUUAGGAAUAAA